GACGUCACGCGCCAAUAUGGCGACGAGCAGGAGAGCGUAGCUUAGUAACAAGAAGCGUCCUGUUAAUCCUCUUUUUAAAAAGGCCUCGUUUUAGUUUUAUAGUUGUGUUUGAUUCCCGCUGGGCAGCAGCAGGAUGCCCGGGAAAAACGGAGACCAGUUCAAACCUGGAGACCUAGUGUUCGCCAAGAUGAAGGGCUUCCCCCACUGGCCUGCUAGGAUCUGUAAGUCAGAGGACGGGUACAAGAAGCGAAUCCCGGUCUUCUUUUUUGGAACCCAUCAGAUAGGCAGCCUCCCGCCAGAGAACGUUGUUCCGUACAUCGGUAAUAAGAUGAAAUAUGGCAGCGGCGUUCGCAUCAGAGGCUUUGCUGAGGGAAUGUGGGAGAUUCAGAACACACCUGGGAUUGGGAGUAAACUCAAAGUUCCAGGAAAGACCAACGCCAGUGCGACGCCUGCAAAACCGACUUCUGCUGCUAAAGCUACACUCACAAAACCUGAAACUACACACGAUAAACAAACUCCAGCAGCUAAAACUGUUGAGAAAGUUAAAGGUGUUCCUGCUGCUGAUGGUAAAGUUGCAGCUGAAAAAGAAACUCCCGCUAGAAGCGCUACCAGAGCUUCAUCCAGGUUAGCUCCAGACAAAACCCCCGACUCCAAACAGAUUUCAGAAACCACAGAACCCACCACGACUACUAGAAGCAGGAGGGCUGCGAGCGGGGGUCCGUCUGCAGGACAGAGCAGGAGUGAACGGAGCUCCUCUGCAGACAGUAAGAGAAUGACCAGAUCAAACAAAGCCUCCGAACAAGAAUCUGUUCCUGACACUAAACCUGCUGAAGCUGUAAAAAGUAAAGUUCCAUCUGAGAAGGAGGCUGAGAGCGGUGAAGCUUCCAGACGCUCUGAAACAGCUUCAGUCAUGGAGGAAGCUGCUGCAGGCCGAGCUACGACCCGGAGCAGAGCCACGGAUUCUAAGACCAGAUCAAACAAAACCUCUGAACAAGAAUCUGCUCCUGACACUAAAUCUGCUGAAGCUGUAAAAAGUAAAGUUCCACCUGAGAAGGAGGCUGAGAGCGGUGAAGCUUCCAGACGCACUGAAACACCAUCAGGCAUGGAGGAAGCUGCUGCAGGCCGAGCUACGACCCGGAGCAGAGCCACGGAUUCUAAGACCAGAUCAAACAAACCCUCGGAAGCUGCUCCUGACAGUAAACCCGCUGAAACAACGAAAAGUAAAGUCCCAUCUGAGAAGGAAGCGGAGAGCGGCGGCGAAGCUGCUGCAGGCCGCGCUACGACCCGAAGCAGGGCGGCAGAUUUAAAGGUUGAUGAUGAGGAGACGAAGAAGAAGACAUCCACUGGUCCCACUGUGACUGCUGCUGGGAAGAAAAGGAAAGAGGAGGAAAAGGAGGAGAGCCAAGAGGUCAAGAGAAAGAGAGAAGAGAGGGAUGACUGGAAAGAGCCACAGAAGAUGAGUGAGGACAGCAGCAGAGGAAAGAAAGAAGAGACGCGAAAGGAGAAGACGCCAGAGAGAAGAUCAUCAAAAAGAAAGAUGGAGGAGGAUAAAACCGAGGGAAGGAAGACGAGGAGAGCUGAGAGUGAGGAACAGAAGCAGAUGGAGGAAAAUAAAAGAUUAGAUGUUGGUGAGGGAAGGAAGGAGGAGAGGAUGAGGAGAGAAAAGGAGGUGCAGCAGAAGAUGAGGAAGGAUGUUGCGGAGGAAGAGGAGGCAGCACAGAAGAAGACAAAACGAGAUGAAAGUGUGGAAGGAAAGAAGAUGAAGGAAAAGACAUCCAGAGAAGAGAACAAACCAAAGGAUGAAGGAGAGAAGAGAGGCGAGGAGAAGGACAGCGAGCAGCACCUCCGCCUGGCGGCCCGACGGGAGAGCCUGCUGAGAUCUCUGAAGGGUCUGCUGAAGGACGGCGGGGGGGCCACAGGGAGGAGCGCUGGCAGGAAAACAUCAGAGGCGAAGACCAGAGAAAGACCAAGAGAAGAGGACCGGGAGGGAAAGACGUCCAGGACCGCGGGAGACAGGAGGAAGGAGGAGAAGAUGUCCACCCGGAAGUCAGCAGCAGAGAGGAAAACGGAAGAACUGAAGACGGAGAAAGACAAGAAAAUGAGUCAAACAGAGAAGACAGAGGAGAAGAUGUCCACCAGAAAGACGUCGGCAGUGAAACGGGACGAACGGCAGAUGGAGAAAAACGACAGGACGAGUAGAAAAACUGAGAAGAUGGAGGAAAACGAGCGGAAAGAUGAACAGAAGAGGAAAAAACAAGACAUCCAUAAAACAGAAAAACCAAAAGAAAGUGAAGAAAAAGAAGAAAGAAUGUCCACAAGAAAGACAACCGUGGAGAAAAAACCACGGGAGGAGAGGAAGGAUGAAGAGAAGACCAUGAAAACAACAGAAGUGAUGAAGAAAAGGGACCGGGAGAGCAAACAAAAGAUGGAAGACAAGGUGGAGGUGGACGGAGGGAAAGAGAAAAGAGGAGAGGAGGAGGAGAAGAAAGAUGAGAGAAGGAUAAUCGGAAAAAUCGUGAAAGCAGGUCAGGGAGCCAAGAUCCACGUAAAGACCAUGAUGGGAGGAACCAUGGCAACCACAGUGGAGGAGAGGAAGACGGACAAGAAGGUGGAGGAGAUGAAGACAGACAAGAAGGUGGAGGAGAAGAAGACAGAGGAGAAGGCAAAUAAAAAGGUGGAGGAGAAGAAGAAAGAGGAGAAGGCAGAUAAAAAGAAGAAAGAGGAGAAGGCAGGCCGGAAGGUGGAGGAGGAGAAGAAGACAGACAGGAAGGUGGAAGAGAAGAAGAAAGAGGAGAAGGCAGAAAGAAAGGUGGAGGAGAAGAAGAGGAGCUCUGAGAAGUCUGAGGACAGGAGGACAAAAACCAGUUCUGAUGACAAAAAAGACAGGAGUGGAACUGGUGUAGAGAGGAAGAACAAGGGGAAGGAGGAGAAGAGUGAAGCCGGUGAGACGGCAAAAAGAAGAGGAGAAGAAGAGCAGAAGGCACAAGAGAAGAAGAAGGAAACGGAGGUGGGCAGAGUGACACGAGAACAGAGAAAGAGGGAUGAGAAAAGUGGAAAAUGUGACAGAAAAUCUCCAGAACAAGAAGAGAAAGAGGUGGCGUGUCCAACCGAGGAGACUAGAAAGCAGAGGAAGAGCAGAGCCGAGACGCCGCCAGCGGAGAGCAGGGACGCCGAGACGGAGGGUCAAGACCAGGCGGAGAAGCAGCAGCAGAAGAAGAGUUCCAGCAUGUCUCUGACGGACUCCACUCUGCACAGAAUCCACGGAGACAUCCGGAUUUCUCUCAAGUCCAGCACGCCCGACAUCAGCAAGUGUCUGGCAGCUCUGGAUCAGCUGAGUAUGGUUUAUGUGACGUCUCAACACGUCCAGAGACACAGCGAACUCAUCGCCACACUCAGAAAGAUGCGCCACUACCGGGCCAACCAGGCCAUCAUGGACAAGGCCGCCAUGCUGUACAACCGCUUCAAGAACACCUUCCUGGUGGGGGAGGGGGAGGAGGUGGUGAGCACCGCCUUCCUGCGCUCGCUGCUGGAGGAGAAGGAGAGGGAGGAGGCGGAGAGGGUGGAGCGCUGCAGGGAGAAGCUGAGGAGGGAGGAGGAGAGAUGCAUCACACAAGUGGAGGAGGAGGAGAAAGCAGGAGCUCAGGUGGAUUCUUCCUGAAGCAUCCCGAACCAGUCGGACUGAACCAACUUUGAUCUGUGGGGGUGCGACCUGAGACCACCCGUCCUCAUAUCCACACACGAACAUUACCUCAUCACACACUCUACUGUGUGUCUCCAGCUCCUGCCAGUUAUUUAUUUCUUCUUUGUAAACAGGAAGUUGUUUGUGAUGUCACACCUGAGCAGGUGUUGAGUCAUCUGACCUUCUCAGUGAUUCUGUGUGAUCGUUUCAUGGCAUCAUGACUGGUUUACUGGGACAUUUUUAUUAUUUAAUCACAUCCAUCCACCAGCAUUAACAUAAACUUUUUAAGAUCGUCUCCAUGCUGUAACUCUAAUCUUGAACACGAGCCUCUUUUCAAACACUGACUUUGUUUUGUUCUCUAAAAGGAUGAAAGUUGGACUUGUUACUUUAAUCCUGAACGUCUUCGUUCUCCGCUGUAUUGAUCCUGUUCGGGGACGACACGGCUUGUUUUUUUUUCCUGUCAUUUCAAAUUUUAACUGAAGCAUUAAAUCCCGUCAGGUCCUUUUGUGCCUUGCUCAGAGGCACUACUGCGACAAGCUGCUCUGUGUUUUUGUAAAACUUGUACAGAGAUUUUUAUCGGGAUGUUUUUAUUUUUCUUUGUUUUUAUGAUGUAGAGUUGUUAAAAUUUCCUGUUGCUGUC